CUGCCUCCGGCUCCGCGGCCGCGGGGGCUGGCAGCCGGCGUCUCGAGGCGACUCGAGCACCAUCCGGGGGCGUCCAGGAGCUUCCCUCGCCCCCCACUCAGCGCCAUGUCCUGGAUGUUCAAGAGAGAUCCUGUUUGGAAGUACUUGCAGACUGCCCAGUAUGGAGCCCCUGGAAAUUUUUCACGCCUUUCAUAUCCUACUUUCUUUCCUCGUUACGAAUUCCAAGAUAUCAUCCCUCCAGACGACUUUAUAACUAGUGAUGAAGAGCUAGAUUCUGUUUUAUUUGGAACUUUAAGAGGUCAUGUGGUUGGACUACGUUAUUACACAGGAGUGGUGAAUAAUAAUGAAAUGGUUGCUUUACAACGAGAGCCGACUAACUCCUAUGAUAAGAAUGCGAUUAAAGUUAACAAUGUGAAUGGAAAUCAAGUUGGCCAUGUAAAGAAAGAUCUUGCAGCUCCUUUGGCCUAUAUCAUGGACAACAAAUUGGCACAAGUUGAAGGGGUUGUUCCUUUCGGUGCAAACAAUUCUUUCACCAUGCCUCUGCAUAUGGCUUUUUGGGGAAAAGAAGAAAAUAAAAAAGCAGUUGUAGACCAGUUAAAGAAACAUGGAUUUAAAAUGCUUCCUCCUCCAAAAACUUUAGGAUUCAGUUUGGAAUAUAAUUGGGAUGCUGGAAGAGCGGGCCCAAGCUAUACUAUGCCAGUUCUCGCUGCAGUACAGAUGACAACUGAACAGCUUAAAACAGAAUUUGACAAAUUGUUUGAAGAUUUGAAAGAAGAUGAUAAAACUCAUGAAAUGGAACCAUCCGAGGCUAUCGAAACACCAUUACUUGCACAUCAAAAGCAAGCACUAGCUUGGAUGGUUUCACGGGAAAACAGUCAAGACCUUCCACCAUUCUGGGAACAGCGGGAUGAUCUAUAUUAUAACACUAUAACAAAUUUUUCUGAGAAGUACCGACCAGAAAAUGUUCACGGAGGAAUUUUAGCUGAUGAUAUGGGUUUGGGCAAAACUCUUACAGCUAUUGCUGUAAUUCUUACCAACUUCCAUGAUGGCAAACCACUUCCUGUUGAAAGAAUGAAGAAGAAUCAACUGAAGAAGGAACAUGUUAACAACGAAUCUAUGAAACUGGAAGGAAACAGUACCAGGGAAAAGGCAGAUGGACUGAUCAAAGGAUCCAGGUGUAGCAAAGAAUCCAGCACUUCAGAUAUCAAGAAAAAGAGUGAACCUUCCAUGUCAGAUUAUUUUUGUUCCCGCCCCAAAAGAAGAAAAACCGUUGACAAGUAUACAGAAACCAGUGAUUCAGAGGAGUUUGAAAAAAGUGAAUUACCGCAGAAAACAAAAGGCAAACUGAAAAAUGCAAAAUCGGAGACUAAAGGCAAGGGUAAAGCAGGAUCUUCCAAGAUUAAAGAGGAUUCAGAGUUCGCAUGCGCACUUUCUUCUUCUAUGCUGACAACAAAAAAGAAAGUAUUGAAAAAGGGAGCACCUGUGGAGGAUGCAGAGAGAACGCACGCUGAAGAGAAAGCAAGGACAACAUUAAUCGUCUGCCCACUUUCUGUGCUAAGCAACUGGGUUGACCAGUUUGGACAACAUAUAAAAUCAGAGGUGCACUUGAAUUUCUGUGUUUAUUAUGGUCCAGAUCGCAUUAGAGACCCUGCUCUGCUUUCAAAACAGGAUAUUGUUUUGACCACAUACAAUAUUUUGACUCAUGACUAUGGGACCAAAGGGGAUAGCCCAUUACAUAGUAUAAAAUGGUUAAGAGUGAUCCUGGAUGAAGGACAUGCUAUACGAAAUCCAAAUGCCCAGCAGACGAAAGCUGUACUUAAUUUGGAAGCCGAAAGAAGAUGGGUAUUGACAGGGACUCCAAUCCAGAAUUCCUUGAAGGACUUGUGGUCUCUUCUUUCCUUUUUAAAACUUAAACCAUUCAUUGAUAGAGAAUGGUGGCACAGAACAAUACAGCGUCCUGUUACAAUGGGAGAUGAAGGAGGACUUAGGCGCUUACAGUCCUUAAUUAAGAAUAUUACACUUAGAAGAACAAAGACAAGCAAAAUUAAAGGGAAACCUGUUUUGGAGCUGCCGGAGCGUAAAGUGUUUAUUCAACAUAUUACACUUUCUGAUGAGGAAAGAGAGAUUUAUCAGUCUGUGAAAAACGAUGGCAGAGCUACUAUCGGAAGGUAUUUUAAUGAAGGAACUGUCCUGGCCCACUAUGCAGAUGUCUUGGGUCUUUUGCUUAGAUUACGGCAGAUUUGUUGUCAUACUCACCUACUUACAAAUGCAGUUUCUCCCAGUGCCCCCACAGCAAGUGACACACCUGAAGAACUGCGGAAGAAAUUAAUAAGGAAGAUGAAGUUAAUUCUGAGCUCGGGUUCAGAUGAAGAAUGUGCAAUUUGCUUGGAUUCUCUAACAGUUCCUGUAAUAACACAUUGUGCACAUGUAUUUUGUAAGCCUUGUAUUUGCCAAGUCAUUCAGAACGAACAGCCUAAUGCUAAAUGCCCUUUAUGUAGGAAUAAUAUAGAUGGAAACAAUUUAGUACAAUGUCCUCCAGAAGAAUUAGCAUCCAUCCAUGAGAAAAGCAAUAAUGUGGAAUGGACAUCCAGUUCAAAGAUUAAUGCAUUAAUGCAUGCACUGAUUGACUUAAGAACGAAGAAUCCCAACAUAAAAAGUUUAGUUGUUUCUCAGUUCACAACAUUCCUCUCCUUAAUAGAAACACCACUUACAGCCUCUGGGUUUGUGUUUACUCGUUUGGAUGGUUCAAUGGCCCAAAAGAAAAGAGUUGAAUCAAUUCAAUCCUUUCAGAAUACUGAAGCAGGAUCGCCAACGAUAAUGCUUUUGUCUUUGAAAGCGGGAGGAGUUGGUUUGAAUCUUUCUGCAGCUUCUCGCGUGUUUUUAAUGGAUCCUGCCUGGAAUCCUGCUGCAGAAGACCAGUGCUUUGACAGGUGCCACAGACUUGGCCAGAAGCAAGAAGUUAUCAUCACAAAAUUCAUUGUAAAGGACUCUGUUGAAGAAAAUAUGCUGAAAAUACAAAACACAAAGAGAGAACUUGCAGCCGGAGCUUUUGGAACUAAGAAACCCAAUGCUCAUGAAAUGAAACAAGCAAAAAUCAAUGAAAUCAAAACGAUAAUUGAUUUAUAAUUGGUGUGGUUUUAGUAAAGUUUGGAUAGAUACAUACAGAAGUUUUAGAAAUGAGAUAAAUGCAGAAUUUUAGAAAUGAGACCUAAAAAUAUGUCUUCUAAAGAAGAGGGGGGCAUGUUUUAUAUUAGUGAAGACGUAUUAUUGACACAUAAUAUCUUCUAUAUAUGAUUCUAUUUUUAAUGGUCUUUCAAAAUAGCAAUAAGUUCUGUUCUAUACUGUGGCCUAAAAUAAUUUUUCAGGGGGAAGAAAAGUUACUUUGUUGUUCAACUUUUCACAGUACCUAUGCUGAGUAUUUUCAUAUAUCUCCCAAGUGCUCAGCUUUUUUCAUAUGUCAAAUGAGGUCAAAUCCUUUCUACUUUGGCCAAAUAGUUAUAGUCUGUGUUGGGCGCAUGUAGGAAUUCAUCAGAGCCUCCCUUCUGUGUGCAGUGGAUUGCCAGUCCUUGUAUACAUCGACAGUAGGGGAGAUGGAUUUUAUUAGACUUUUCAAAAACCACAUUUGCAUUCCAUUACCAAAACUUAAAUAAAAGACCAAAGUCCAGGUGAGCGAGUUGUUUGCAGUUUUAUGUUCACGAAAAAUAUUGGGCUAUUAAUAGCACUAUUUUUUCCGUUUUAGUCAGGCAGUACUCUAGUGAUUCUUUAAAUGUAAUUUGAUGUUUAGGGUGUAAAUACAGCCUGUGGAUGUGGGAGAAAACAAAUUCUCAAUUUGAUUUGAUAUUUAAAUUAUGGCAUUGCUAAAUAGAUAUUUCUAUAAAUAGAUAAUUUUUAUUUAUGUAGAAUUUUUUGGAAAUACCUUUAUAAACUUUUAUAAUUGAGAAAACUACUGAAUGUGGGAGGUAUGAUAAACUGGAUAGAUGGAGGUGAGGCUGGAGGACCUGCAAGAGCAUUUCAGCCCGUUAAAGACAUCUUAUUCCUGAAUGUAGAUGCUUCCUUAUCUGUGUUUCGAAUGAAAAUUUGGUUUCGGAAUGUAAUUCAUCUUUGCUUACAAUGAGAUACCUCCCCUUACGUGUUGUUAAUAAGCAAACACAUAACAGGUGCCUCAGAACCCUGGGUGACUCUUUGAGUCACAUUUAAAACAAAUAGGAAGUUUAAUGAUCAGGGUUAGGAGUCAGUGGUGUUAUUUCCUUAAGGGGAUUUUUUUGUUGUUGUUCCAAGAAUGAAAACUGCUGUAACAAAAGGAGCUUCAUUUGUAUUGACGCAGACUCAGUGGCGGCACUGUAGCGCCUAACUGACAUUGUUAGAGAGGACCUGACAGGAGGUGGUUGCGGGCAGUAUAUUGCUGCACGGUGCUCAUCUGAGGGACACGAUGGCUCUUUCCCCAGCUAAGGCCUCCCCUCCAUGCGCCCUCUUUCUCUCUAAGGCAACAGUAGCUGAGCUGUCCCUUUUCCCAGUGGCGCAGUUUUAAGGGGAUUCUGAUGAAAAAGGACCAAAAGACCCUCUCAGCAAGGACUAAGAGUAGGAUAUGUACCCUCUCAGCAAGGACUAAGAGUAGGGUAUGUAAUAACUAUGGUCGGUUCACUGGCAUAAGGAACAGAAAGGCAGGGGUUUACCUUGGAUAAAUACCAGUUUAUACAUUGAGUACAGGUCCCAACCUGCAUGAGAGACAAAAUUCACGUUGAUCUGGACCUCACAAAAUAUGGUAGUGUGCAUUUUCUGUAUGUCAAUAAUCCACUAGGAUUAAGUAUAAAAAUAUUCAGCACAAAAACCCAUUCUGCUUCUUGCUUACAAAGGCAGAGCUUUAAACUUGCAUACAAAGGCAAAGGCUACAUUUGCUUCUUUACCCGAACAUUCACUGAGCUGUGUUUCUAAACAUGACUAUAGUAAGUUUGGCAAGUCAUUUUAAAAAUGACUGUUUUUGUACAGUUCUGUUAAGUGGUGUUUAAAAAAAGAAUACAAUUCGUCCUAAGAAAAUAUAUAAACUACUGGAAUGGAAACUUCACAUUAGCCUAUGCUGUUAAUUUUGUUUCGUUAUUGAGUAGAAUAAUAGUUUUAGAAAUAUGUUGAAGAUAUUGUAUUGAUACUUGUGGUUCAAACUGGAUUUUGUUUUCAGCUUAAUAAAAACUUCAGAAAUUUA